AUGGGAAUUGCAUUGAUCUGGUGCUUAGCUCUGAUCCUUAUCAAAUGGAUUACUGCUAAGAGACGUGGAGCAAUUUCCUAUGACAGCUCUGAUCAGACUGCGUUGUACAUUCGUAUGCUAGGAGAUGUGCGAGUAAGAAGUCGGGCAGGAUUUGAAACAGAGAGAAGAGGUUCUCAUCCAUACAUUGAUUUCCGUAUUUUUCACUCAAACUCUGAAAUUGAAGUCUCUGUGUCUGCGAGAAAUGUGAGAAGGUUACUUAGUUUCCAGCGAUACCUGAGAUCUUCCCGAUUUUUCCGUGGUAUCACUGUUCCAAAUUCUUCAAACAUUUUAGAUGAUGAUUAUAAUGGACAAGCAAAGUGUAUGCUGGAGAAGGUUGGAAAUUGGAAUUUUGAUAUUUUUCUUUUUGAUAGACUGACAAAUGGAAACAGUCUAGUCAGCUUAACCUUUCAUCUGUUUAAUCUUCAUGGACUAAUUGAACACUUCCAAUUAGAUACGAUGAAACUUCGUAGAUUUUUGGUUAUGGUUCAAGAAGAUUAUCACAGUCAAAACCCUUACCAUAAUGCAGUUCAUGCUGCUGAUGUGACUCAGGCCAUGCACUGUUACUUAAAAGAGCCCAAG